CAGCAGAGCUGUUCCUCACUUCCUCCCUCUAUAUAAACCCCCUGCAACCACCGUAGUCCGUAGCUAGCUCCGAAGCUCUUCCGUCCGUUUCUUGGUCUCUUCUCCCUCGCGCCAUCGCCCACCCGACAGCCUAAGCCAUGAAGCGGGGCGCCGCUGUCCUGCUCGCCGCCGUCGUGGCGCUGCUCCUGAUCUCGGCCGUGCGGGGCGAGGACGAGUGCGGGUCGCCGGAGUCGGCGGCGCGCGACCGCGCGCGGGCGAGGCCUCUCAAGAUCGCGGCCUUCUUCUCCAUCCUCAUCUGCGGGGCUAUGGGUUGCUCCCUGCCCGUGCUGGGGCGACACGUGCCCGCGCUCCGGCCCGACGGCGACGUCUUCUUCCUGGUCAAGGCGUUCGCGGCGGGGGUAAUCCUCGCCACGGGGUUCAUCCACAUCCUCCCCGACGCGUUCGAGAACCUCACGUCGGACUGCCUGCCCGCCGCCGGGCCGUGGAAGGACUUCCCGUUCGCCGGGUUGGGAGCCAUGGUCGGCGCCAUCGGCACGCUCGUGGUCGACACCCUCGCCACGGGGUACUUCACGCGCGCCCACUUGAACAAGGACCGAGCCCACGGCAGCAGCGCCGCCGUGGUGGACGAGGAGAAACAGGCUGCUGCUGCUGCCGCCGCCAGCGAGUUAGCGCGCCACUACCACGACGACGGGGAGCACGAGGGACAUGUUCACUUGCACACGCACGCGACCCAUGGCCACACCCACGGGUCGGCGGCGCUCGUCGCGGCCGUUGGCGGCGCCGAGGACGAAAAGGACACGAUCCGGCAUCGCGUAAUCUCUCAGGUUCUUGAGCUGGGUAUUGUGGUGCACUCGGUGAUCAUCGGCAUCUCCCUCGGCGCGUCUCAGGACCCGGAAACAAUCAAACCUCUCGUCGUCGCCUUGAGCUUCCACCAGAUGUUCGAAGGAAUGGGCCUUGGUGGCUGCAUAGUUCAGGCAAAGUUCAAGGCUAGGUCCAUUGUGACCAUGAUCCUCUUCUUCUGCCUGACAACGCCGGUGGGCAUCGCCAUCGGCUUCGGCAUAUCGCAAGUGUACAACGAGAACAGCCCGACGGCGCUGGUGGUGGAGGGCAGCCUCAACUCCGUGGCAGCGGGGAUCCUCGUCUACAUGGCCCUCGUCGACCUCCUCGCCGAGGACUUCAUGAACCCAAAGGUGCAGAGCAGGGGGAAGCUGCAACUCGGUAUCAAUGUCUCCAUGUUGGUCGGUGCAGGCCUCAUGUCCAUGCUCGCCAAAUGGGCCUAGCCGGAAGCCAGAAACAUGAAACAGUUUUGCUCCAUGACAUGAGUCCAGGAUAUAUAUAUAGAUUUACGUAUAUUGGAUCAUCGAGGCUGAAACGAUGUAAGCUUGGCACAUAUUCUUCAUCUACCCAAACUGGUAAUGCCAACCCAGUAGUGUAGGCAUCUAAGCAAACCAGUAAUGUUGGUUUUGGACCAAGAGUUUGGGAGGUACGAAAAGUGUGUGUGCUUAUCACAAGGGAAAUCUACAUUAUGUCGUCA